ACGAUAAUGAAAGACCGCUGGAUGAAUAUGGGUUAUGAAGAUAGAGAGUUAAAGCCACACAAAGAGCCAUCGAAAUUGGAACUAGAUACAUCUCGGAUAGAGCUGAUGAUCACCAUGAACUACAACCGCAAAGAGAUUGAAGAGUCGCUGAAGCUGCAGAAGUAUGACGACAUCCAUGCCUGCUACCUUCUGCUGGGCAGACGUAAAGAAGAUCUGGAAGGUGGGGAUAGAUCCGGCAGCAACCUUUCACUCCAGAACACACGUCUGUCGACCCGGCCACUGGACAACAACAGCACUGGUCAGUCUCCCAACAAGGUGACCCGGAGCCAGUCGGCAACUAGCAGCUCUAACAAUCAGAAAUCUCGACAACAUGGCCAGGUCGGGGACAACACUGGCAAUGGUUCUGGAACUACAAAUGCAUCACACUCCCAGUCAGGCUCGGCUAGAAGAGCCAAUGCAGAGAAUACAACUACGAAACAGAGCACGCUGGAGGAGAGGAUGGGCAGAAUCUCCUUGGCAGUGGGAAGCAGCACCAAUGGUGCUCAUGUGACAUCAUCAGACUCUCCCAAGAUUGAAACCACAAAGAUCACGGACAACCAUGAUCUGGUCAGCACGGCCAACAACAGACCAACCAGCUUGACCAAAAACGCUAUUGAUCCCCUCAAGCUGCAUGCCAGAAAGACUGCAAUUCAUCACUCUUCUUUAUCAUCGUCAUCAUCAUCAUCCAAAGAGAAUGCAGCCCCAUCCUCCUAUGCCAGGACAUCAAGGAACUCCUUUGAUGCCAUGAAGAACACUGGACAGACCACCCGAUCCAUGUCAUCUAGGAAGAGUGGACAGUCGGGGUCGGCAUCUACUGCGACCACUCCCAAGAACAGCUCUAUGAGCCACAGCCAGAGUGCAGGUAUUCCUCGGCGGAGCACUUUCAGCCCAGGCGAUGGUAAAACACCCACUGAUAAGCCUCGGACCAUCAAUGGCCAAGAAACUAACAGUGCCACCCCGACGGAAGUCUCCACUGGGGGAAACACAACACCUACUUCAGCAUCUACGGCAUCUACGCGACUGAAAGGUCAUUCAAAGUCUGCCAGCGUGACAUCUCGAGAUAGUGAUGUGCCGCCAGCAAACUCUGAAGCUGACCCCAGGCCAAUAACUGCGCCAGGGAAAUCUCUUAACCCGGCCAUCUCUCCUGGUGCCCGGCCAAACUUAUCUCGAGGUACACAAGCUAGGAAUACAUUCCACGGCCGGGAUGCACGGAAGCAGCUGACCCAACCUUACAAUGGACCUGCCGGGAUGCCCGAGAAUCCUGGAGACCCAAAUAUACCUGGCCAGCGACCGUCAUUCUUCAACCGAAUUACCUCAAAAUUCAGUCGCAGCCACGUUUUCCGCAGGUCUGUGUCUGGGGAGACGAGGGACCUGGACGGCAUCAAGCCUCGGUCGCUGCGCUUCACCUGGUCCAUGAAGACCACCAGUGCCAUGGACCCCAAUGAUAUGAUGAAGGAGAUUCGGAAGGUCCUGGACGCAAACAACUGCGACUACGAGCAGCGAGAGAGGUUCCUGCUCCUGUGUGUGCACGGUGACCCCAACACUGACAGCCUGGUGCAGUGGGAGAUGGAGGUGUGCAAGCUGCCCCGUUUGUCUCUCAACGGUGUCCGCUUCAAGCGCAUUUCUGGCACUUCCAUAGGCUUCAAGAACAUAGCAUCCAAAAUAGCAAACGAGUUGAAACUUUGA